CGCAGGGUGUAAUACGGACCAACAGCUGCCAGUCAGACAGCAGUGGCUUCUUAGAGGAGCCCUUCAUCCCCUCCCUCUCCCAGCAGGCAUCACCAGGACCUGAUCUCAUCAAGGCUCUGGCGGGCCUGUCAGGAGGGAGCACCGACAGCCAGAGCAGUGAGAGGCCGGGCUCCCCGUCUCCUCCGUCCUCUCACACCCCUCCAUCUCUCCUUCACUCCUCGUCUCUGACCUCUUCUGCUGUUGAUAAAUCUCCCCUUCCCUCACCCUGUCCUUCACCAGAGCCUUCACCCUGUAGCCCCUCCCCAGAGACAGAGAGUCCACCAGAUCAGGUUCAGUCUCCACCUGACUCACUGCCUGUAGCGGCGUGCGAUCACCUUCCUCCUCGCUCAUCCUCAGCCGAGCUACAGAUCGUUACUGGCUCCCAAUCUCCAACGUCUCCCGCCUCCUGUACCUCUGCCUCCCCUACGUCUCCCCCCACGCAACCUGCCUCGUUGAUUAAAGAGUCAGAGGAGAUUGAAAUGGAGGAUAAGGAUCCUCCAUGCCCCCACCUGUCCACUGCAGUUCAUGACUCUAAAGACGCAGCAAGUGUCCCUCCUCCUUCCUUAUCUCCUCCCCCCUCUCCAAAUUUGGAUUGCCAGUUUUCUGCCUCCGCUGCAAUGUCUCCUACACAGUCCGACUCCUCCUCUUGGAGUCCAGGGAGCAAACAGUCGGAGCAGAAUGAGGUGGCUUUGUGUGAAAAUUCCCCCUCUGCUUCUUGUGGCUUAUCACCUCUGCUUCCCCCUUCCCCCGACGAAUCUCCCUCUGUGCCUCCUAACUUUAAUGUUCCGCCCUCUUCAUCCUCUCCCUCACUAACUGAGUCCCUCUCACAGAGUCCAGAAAACAGUCAAAAUGAUUCCCUUUCCCCAGACUCAGAUGGAACAAGCCGCUCCGAUCCAACUACCAACACACAAAAGAAAGAGGAAGAAACACCGUCAUCUCUGCCCUCUCAGUUGGACGAGGACAAGUCAGACGGCUGUGCCACACUGUCCUGCCUGUCUCCUCACUCCUACACUCCAGUUUAUCAGUCUGCCUCGUUAUCUCCAUCACACAAUUCAGAGAGUCUGACAGAUCCAACUGUUGGAGGAAUAUCAGAUCUGACCGAGCAGUCCGUCUCCCAACAGGAGGGACCAUGCUCUCAUGAUCAUAACACAGACCCUGCUCCAGCCUGUCCCGUCCAAGAUGUUAUUCAUGAUAAGAUGAAUCACCUCUCCCUGGACCUCGGAGAGGGAGAGGGCGAGAGACACACUGACACUGUGCAGACUCCAGAGGCAGCUGUUUACAUCUCAGACACAGAGAGCUCUGCGGGCCUGUCAGAGGGUUCUCGAUUAGUCUCUGAGGAAGUAUGUAACCAAACAGAAAUAGAUCUACAGGUCCCAUCCUGCAGUUUGCAUGAUGACCUUUCAACUGGAACCAAACCGGAAGAGUGUGAAAGGGGAGAAAAUAGCUCAGAACGUGAAUCUCUCAGAAGUCCUUCAGUUUUAGUGGAAGUGGAACCAGAGGGUCUCAUUAAGAUUGAGAGCUUAGAUGUGGUAUUUCAGACCUCAGUGGAUGGAUCAGAAGGUGAAAAUGAAGACGUGGAAGCCUUUUUUCAGCAGCUUGAUUCAGAGGGGCGAGUCUAUUGGGCAGAACCCAUCCGGGUUUCCAAUCCGACCCCCGUGAAUGAAGACUCAGACAGCUUUGAAGCCUCAGACAGAUCUCCUGGAGGCCUGGAUGUUCUAGAUCCAUUUUUAUCGUCAUCAUCCCCGACAACAACAGACACUGACCAGACGUCAAGAAAUGCAACUGCCUCCCCAGAUACCAACUCCUCCGUAACCCUAGCUCCAAUCCAAUCCCCCUCAGCACCCCCGCACCUCAAGCCAUCGAGCCGCUCUGUCUCUGUCCAGAUGCCUUCGUCUCUGUCUUCUCAUAUUGUCCACAGGAAGGAUGUUCCCUACAUGACUGACUCAAAACGCACCCUUCUCCCCAGCGUUCUAACACUGGACACCUCCACCCCUUUCCGUGCUGUACAGUCAUGGACAGACCAGCAGAUCCAACGAAACACUCUCACCAAGAAGUUAUCACACGGAGCUCUUCAUGCCGCCCCAAAGGAAGUAACCGUAUCCACAAGUGCCACAGAAGCAGCACAAAGACGGGCACUGAACUUCUCUUCGUCUCCGUAUUUCCCUCUGCUGUCUGACGACUGGCAGUCACAUGACUGUCUCCCCGGGGUGGCUGGAAGUUACCAUACGAUGUCAGUCUCUAUGGAUAAGGGGCUGUGGCCUGACGAGGAGGAAGAGGUGGAUGGUGAUGAAAAUGAAGAUGAGGAGAAGCUUUGGGAGGGCAAUCAGACAGCCACCAUGGCAUGCUGCUGCUCCUGUGACCAUCAGCAUACCUGCUGUGCUCAGAGGAGCUACAACAAGCAACACACUCUGGGAAACAGUCCUGUGAGUAAUUCAACUCUCUCGAUGGUGUGACAUGAUUUAAUUUUAGGUUUUCAGUUCCACUUUUGAACCUGCUCAUAUCCACACAUUUUAUAAUGUACAGAAGUUUA